CUUCUGGUCAACACAUCAAAGAUGAUUGCUCUCUUCUCGGUCUUGAUUGCUUUUCUGACUCCACAGGCAAAUGCAGUGAUCAGUGGUGAACUCAACUGUACUACUUACAAUGGAACAGCGUUCGUGUACACCCCAUCUGCCACAGCCUGCUCGAAUGCCAUUUCCGAUUCAUCCUGUGCAGCUCUCUACCCAGCUUCUGAUCCAGCUACCGGUUACCCAGCUCCAGGAAAUGAUGUUGAAAGACCAUUUGCUUGCUACACAACUGCCACUCCAACUCCUGCUCCAGUUGUUCCAGACAUGAGAUCUGCUGCUUUGAAAAAUUGUGCCAGGACUUGUGGAUUGUGCUGUAAGACGGCUGACUUUGACUGCCCAAAUGUUCAAUUCCCACGUCUGACGUGCUCCACCAUUACCAAUGAACAGUGCCGUUCUUCUGUCUGGCGUACCAUCAUCGCUACUGAUUGCCCAUCAGCCUGCGGAUUCUGUAACCAAGGAGGAUGUGUCGAUGGAGUCAUGGAUUGUGCUAAUGAUCUUUCCAUUUGUAACUCAGUUGGAAUGCAAGAAUUUGUCAACCAAUACUGUCAAAGAACUUGUAACAGAUGUUCUUCCAGCACUGCAGCCACAGGCACUGGAGGAUCAUGCGGAGGAAGAUAUAUUGCUGAUUCCAGCACAGCUUGUGCAGCAUGGAAGUUGAACGGAUUCUGCACCAACACUUUCUACACAGCUGCUCAACGCAGAAGCUAUUGUGCUACCACAUGCUCGCUCUGCUAGAGACAGAGAUCAUUCUACUAUACCAACUUGACAUUCUUGACCAGACCGAAACACGGGUUGCCGACGAUUUUAGUUCAUUUAGAGCACUGCCGAAACAGAAAAAUGGUUUCUUGAUAUUUUAAGUUUGACCAACUUGAAAUAAACGAUUUUUCUU